AUGCCCGGCGGUAAAGGUGGCCUGGAAAAAGGCAUGGGAAAUGGUUUCUUGCGAAGCAAGGCGGAGAAACGAGAAACGAAUGGCUUUAUAGUGUUCAUUACAGAGUUACUUCCCGUAAGCCGACGGGAGAAUGUGAUCGGAAACCCUCACCCCACGCCCAAUCGUGAGGAUCCGUACCAUGGAUCCGUGGUUCUUCUGGAUAAGGAUGGCAAACGAGUUACAUCCGCGCAUGCUUAUCCCAACGGGUAUGUCAAAUUCUCAAAGGAGGCGACAUUCAAGCCUGUGAAGCUUCCCCCAAUGCCUGGGGCGCCAGUCAUUCCGCCGGAGGGAGUCGCGACUAGGAAGUCUGAUUCGACGACUUUACUUAGUCAGUCGACAUCCGAGAAGGGCAAGAAAUGA